CCCAUUUCCAAAGCUCGCAUGCCUUUAUAUAUAGAAUCUAGUAUUCCGCUAGAUGUACGGAAGCACUAGUCCCAAUUAGGGAAUGCGAACCCAUAUAAGUACUAGCCCAAUUAGGCUACCAAAUCCAGCUGGACGCUCGCUAUUAAUAUGCGUAUUACAUCGCCUCUCUCUCUGGGCUCUGGUCCCCAAGAGCCUAGGCUCUAUACUCUCGCAUGCCCUUCGUACGCCCUUCGUAUCGCAGGCUCCACGUACCAUAAGCUUCAUAUGCCUUCGCAAGCUCCAUAUACUCCAUGCCUUCGUACUGCAGUAUGCCUAUUCGGGUUCUCAGAACCAGGGAAACCACCUUUGUGGACAAAACCCAGCUCCACACUUCACUUGCCAACUGCUCUGCUCUACCAAUUCGCUUUAUAUUCGUUCGUACGGUGGUUUUUUGUACUUGGUUCUAGGGUGUUUUGUGCUUCGUACGUUCGUACUACUUUCGCAUUGCUUUCGUAGUGCUUUCGCAUUGCUUUCGUGCCUAUGUGAUGGCCACUGCCUCCCUCUCUGGAACGUCGUCCCCAACGAUUAGCCAUUGCUUUGUUUCUGGGAUAUAUACUUAAUAGCUCUCAAAUCAAUCGCUCUCAAACUGC